CAGGAAGUGAGUGCACAUUUAUUACGCUGCUCCUUUCUAACACGACUGCAGACUGUUUGUGUGUCUAUGGUUUGAUAAACACACCGACUCCUGCAGUGGAGUCCAUCCAAUGACUUACUCUGAUCAAAGGAGACACAAUGACGGCUCCCGAAUGAAGGUAAAAGGCUGCUGCUGUGAAAAGGAGCAAUUCUUCACGCUCUGUCUCUGUCAUCUCCAGUUGUUAUGAAUCCCAGCACCUCCUCGGCUCACUGCGUGGGCCAGUCUCCUACAGAUGAUCUAAUGGAUGACUGGCUCUUACUCUCUACUGAGUCUGCUGGGCCUCAGCACCUGGAAGUGAGCAGGGAAGACCAGGAGGGAGAGGACAGAGGCAAAUUCAAAUCCAAGUUGGUCUCAGCAUGGAACAGCGUCAAAUAUGGCUGGUCUUUGAAGCAGAAAUCCAAAUUCAGCAAGAGCUCUCCUGUGAUCAUGCUCGGACAAUCCUAUGAGCUCAAGGAUCAAGGUGAGAGAGAGCGUUUCCGUCGCUCCUUUGCAUCUCUCCUGUGGCUGACAUACAGACGGGGUUUCCCUUCACUGGCAGGCAGCUCCCUGACCACCGACAGCGGCUGGGGCUGUGUUCUACGCACGGGGCAGAUGCUGCUGGCGCAAGGCUUGCUCCUGCACCUGAGGCCACCAGGUUGGACUUGGUCUGUGAGCCACCAUGCAGUUAAAGAUGACAUGGACCUUCUGGUGACUCGUACCACAGACAGUGCAGAGCGUGGAAUGAAUUUAAAGGAAGGGCCCAGCAAGAGGGGUCGCAAACUGAGCUUGGAUUCCUGCCUGAACAGAACCAUGGAGGCUUCACACAGGAGGGUGGUAUCGUGGUUUGCAGACCAUCCCACAGCCCCGUUUGGGAUACACAAGCUGGUGGAGUUGGGCAAAAGCUCAGGGAAGAAAGCCGGGGACUGGUAUGGACCUUCUAUUGUGGCACAUAUCCUCCGGAAAGCUGUGGCAGCAUCGGCGGACCUUCCUAAUCUAGUCGUGUAUGUUGCACAAGAUUGCACCAUCUACUUGGAGGAUGUGAGGAGUUUGUGUGAGCGGCCUCCCCCUCAGUCCUGGAAGUCUGUCAUCAUCCUGGUUCCUGUGCGACUUGGAGGACAAGAUCUCAAUCCGUCCUACAUCACUUGUGUCAAAAAACUCUUGACAUUACAAUGCUGCAUUGGAAUCAUUGGGGGCAAACCGAAGCACUCUUUGUUCUUCAUCGGCUUCCAGGAUGACCAUCUGCUGUACUUGGACCCUCACUACUGUCAGCCCACAGUGGAUAUAACAAAAGAGAGCUUUCCCUUGGAGUCCUUUCACUGUAAAUAUCCCAGGAAAAUGUCUUUCUCUCGCAUGGACCCCAGCUGUACCAUAGGGUUCUAUGCUAAAGGCCAGAAGGACUUUGAAUCACUGUGCACUGUUGUUUAUGAGGCGCUCUCCACAUCUGCAGGGGCGUACCCCAUGUUUAUAUUUGCAGAAGGAAAAAGUCAGGAAGAGGAGAGAAGUAAAACGCCCACAAACAAUAUCACCUACAUCCAGAGGAAGAGUGAGCGGAAGAGAGUCGACACCAGCAACAGCCUGGACGAGUUUGUUCUAUUAUGAACAGAAGAAGAUCAAAUCUGCCCUGAGGGGCGAACCGAUGGUGAUCAAUGAUCACACUAUAUGAGACUGUGUGACACUGUGUGGCAACUACUGAGCGUAAGAACGAAAUGUCCUUAAUAACCUGAAGGGACUUCCUUUAAAGGUUUUGUAAAAUGAAGUGGCCAGGUAUCAUUAAUGACACUACAAUAUUUUUUAUUGCUGUUCUGUGCUCAUUUGAAUUUUUAUUUAUUGUUUUAAGAUGAGAAAAUUUCAUUUAAUAUUCAACUGAAGAACUUAAAAGGAUGUUUUUCUUCUAUCUCAAUUUGUGUUUAUCCAUGAAGCUGUGUUCUUUUUACUUUAAUAUAUUCAAUAGAAUGAAAGUAUAAUAAUAGAAAUAAUACAUUUCAUCCAGGGACAAACUUGAGGUAGGGUUUUACUGAGAUAUACAGUGUCACUGUUUCAUGUCAUGUGACAGGCAGUGCUGCCUUUGAAUGGAUUAGAAAAUUGGAUUCCUUUAAACAUGUGACUCAGAAAUUAGAAACAAUAAAAGAACACAACUUUACUUUAGGAGUCAAACAUUGUGGGGAAAAAAAACUGUAUUUACUGAAAAUAUUCUUACAAGCUGGAUUAUAUUUGCUGUCUUUUAUCCAAAUAAACAAUUUAAGAACAAA